UGACUGAAUGUUCAAUUUAUUAGGUGUGCGAAUGAUUAUUCUAAUGUUAGGGUUUAGAAGGUAAUUUGGAAGUGGAAUAUUUUCUUAUUUUAUUAGGUCAAUUCUAAAGCCCAUUAUUCAUCUUGUUCACAAAAGUCAUUAUCAAUCUAACAAAACUGAUUACUUUUUUUUUAAUAUUUCUAAAUUAAUACAUUUGAAUGAAGCGUAUAUUAUGUAAACAAUAAAAAGUAACGAUGAUAAAUAAAAAACAAACAGAAGAUAAAAGAAAAAGGUAGGAAGAAGCUAGUAAUAUUAAUGAAGUUAAAUCCUCUAAAAUAAGAAGAAAUGAAAAAUAAUAAAGCAAGAUAUUAAUUAUCAUAAAAUUUGUAACUUUUAUCGUAUCUGAAUUUUGCAUCUUAAUUUAAUAGUGAUUAAUUGGUUACUUUAUCAUUUUAUUAACUCUCCCCCUCCAUAAGAACUUUGAUCCGGUUAAACUUGAAUCCAAGCAACCUACUUAAAGCUUGUCCAGAUAAGUUGGUAAUGGUGAGCUGGGACCAAAAAUCUUAGUUUUAUGAAUAGACAAUUUAGAUUAAGGUUGUCAAGAUUAUAUAUGACACUUGCAUUGCAUGUAGCCGCCACCAACUAGAGACAAAACUAUCGUUAGGUAUAUUCACAAACCGCCACCACCACAUAGUAACUCCCCACACAAGUUGACAUUUUAUUCCUUUUGCCUACACAUUAACACUUAACCCCCACAAUUUCUAAUAAGCAAAUUCAUCCAUCACCUUGCCCACAUUUCUAUCCUCCUUUGUAGAAAGAGUUACAUAAUAUAACAUAGUGCAUCUUCUUAGUUUCUUCUUCAUAAAGCAACACUUUGAAGCUUUUCCUUUGUUCCAUGGAAAUUGAUCAUCUCACCAUCACUAAGAGUAAGAGCUAGCAACAUGAACAACACUUCCAAUUCUACCGAGGACUCUCAAGAGGACAUGACCGGAUACACGUAUUAUUCGGUUUCUUUGUCUCUUGGCUUCCUCCUCUUGAUGGCAUUCAUAGCUCUCACUGCAUACUACUGCAGCAAAAGCAGGAUUCGAGACGAGCGAACUGGACCAAGCUCCGGAAGAACCAAUAGCAGUUUCAAUUCAAACAGGACAGUGAUCAUGGACAGAGACCCAUCCUCUAUAACAAUACAAAUUGGUGAGGAGCAACAACAAAUGCAAGAAUCAAUCCUCAAAAGUUAUCCUAUGUUGUUGUUCUCCCAAGCCAAGCUUCAUCAAAAGGCUGAUGAUCCAACAGAACUUCUUAGUUGCUCAAUAUGUUUGGCAGAUUACGCAGACUCAGAGUGGUUAAGGCUAUUGCCUGAUUGUGGCCAUUUUUUUCAUAGGGAUUGUAUUGAUGUAUGGUUGAGGCUAAACCUUUCUUGUCCAAUGUGUAGGAACUCUCCAUUACCCACCCCUCUUGCUGAAGUUGCUCCCUUGGCCGCUACAAGGAGUCAUUGAGACUGAGAGUCUUCUAAAAUGAGAAAGUAUACUUUAAGAGUUACUAAGACUGUUUAGUAAUUCUUAAGAUAUUAUUAAUAUAGUUAUAGUCUAUCUUAUAUGUGAGAUCAUUAUUGUAAUUAACUUUUAAGAUUGUGCAGUUGAGCUUCUAAAGUUAAUUUCUUACUUUAUGAUUCUCAAUUUCAAAAUGUGAAGUCUUUUUUGGAUAUACACUAAAACUCACACACACUGCAUUGACUAGACUAAACUCAAAUUUAAAUG